UGGACUGAAUGGGCUCGCUCCGACUUUGAUAAGCGCUAGAAGGAUCGUCGGAUAUCCGACUCUAGCGCCGGAUUUGCAUUAAUUUGCACCGCCGUCUCGGGCAGGGGCCCGUUCGCUUGUCACCUGUGAGUCACCGCCUAUCUAGCUGGGUUAUAAGACCGCAACUGCGGGCUCCGUGCCAGUCCAUCGAUCAUCUUUUGCCCAGAAACCCCAACCUCGAAACUGCAAACUCACGUCAUGGAGAGUCAAGCUUCUGCAGAACAGUCCUCCGUUCGCAGCCACCCAGCAUACGAAGAUCUCCCUUUGCCCAAGGGAUGGGAACAACGAGUCGCAGCCAACACUGGGAAACCCUUCUACGUCGACCAUAACAAUCACAAGACCACUUGGGCCGAUCCUCGCCACCCCCUGUCGGAAUACAACCUUGGGCCGCUUCCUGAAGGAUGGGAACACAGACUGUCAAACAUCGGUCAAUCGUACUUCGUAGACCAUAAUACUCGAACAACGACGUGGCUCGAUCCCCGACCAGCUCCCAUUGGGAGGGCAUCUGGGGAACCGAUUAGUGUCAGCCACGAAGGGGCGCAUCUAAGCGGUACCAAGCCUCUUCCCUACACUGAAAGCGAUACCGAGCCUCUUCCCUACGGCUGGGAACGCAACCAGACAGACGACGGUGAAUGGUAUUACACCGAUCACAAUACGCGAACCACGACGUGGGAGGAUCCUAGGUCUGAGAAGGCGAAGGAAGGGGAUGGGUCGAAUCUGGGCGGAGCUAGUAACACCGAAGGUACUCAUGGGGAUGAGGAACCGCGAGAGUGAAAUCAAUCAACUGAGAAUGCAGAAAGGAAUAACA